AAACCCUGGUGGAAAGUUAGUGUAGGCAGUAGGGAGUUUUCUGCUGGGGUCAGGAGGACUGUGGAAACAAGCGGACCCUGCCCCAAACACCCGUGUAUGAGUGGAGUGUAGCAGGAAGAGAAGACACCCCCAACUUUUUCCUCUCUUGCCUCAAAGAGUCUACAUGUCUAGAGGCAUCUAGAUAUGUUCAGCUUUGUGGAUUUGCGGCUGGCGCUGCUGCUCAGCGCAGCGGCGCUCUUGGUGAGGGCCCAGGGCGAGGACGACAGCACGGGCGGAAGCUGCACCCUUGACGGGCGGGUGUUUUCGGACCGUGACGUAUGGAAACCAGAGCCAUGCCAGAUCUGCGUGUGCGACAGCGGCACCGUGAUGUGCGAUGAGGUUAUCUGCGAGGACACAAGUGACUGCCCCAACCCCGUCAUUCCCCAUGACGAGUGCUGCCCCAUCUGCCCCGACGAAGGCUACCAGGGUCAAUCUCAGGUCGAGGGACCCAAGGGAGACCGUGGACCCAAGGGAGAAAGAGGUCCCGUUGGUCCCGCUGGUAACGAUGGUAUCAACGGCCAGCCCGGUAUGCCCGGACCUCCCGGCCCCCCUGGACCCCCCGGCCUCGGUGGAAACUUCUCCCCUCAGAUGUCUCACGGCUAUGAUAAGUCUCCCGUCUCUCCCAUCCCUGGACCCAAGGGCCCAAUGGGACCCCGUGGAUCCCCUGGAUCCCCUGGUCCUAGCGGCCCUCAGGGAUUCACUGGUCCCCCUGGUGAGUCUGGAGAGGCCGGACCUGCUGGACCUAUGGGACCCCGCGGAGCCCCUGGCCCCGCUGGCAAGAACGGAGAGGACGGUGAAUCUGGCAAACCAGGUCGUAAUGGUGAGCGUGGACCCCCUGGAGCUCAGGGAGCUCGCGGUUUCCCAGGAACCCCCGGUCUGCCCGGUGUCAAGGGACACAGAGGAUUCAGCGGUCUGGAUGGUGCCAAGGGAGACAGUGGCCCUGCUGGACCUAAGGGAGAGACUGGAGCCGCUGGUGAGAACGGAACCCCCGGAGCUAUGGGAGCCCGUGGUCUGCCUGGCGAGAGAGGCCGUGCUGGUGCUGCUGGAGCUGCUGGUGCUCGUGGUAACGAUGGUGCCGCUGGUGCUGCCGGACCUCCCGGUGCCACUGGCCCCGCUGGACCUCCUGGAUUCCCCGGUGGCCCUGGAGCCAAGGGAGAGGCUGGAGCUCAAGGACCCCGUGGACUUGAUGGCGUCUCUGGAGCCCGUGGUGAGCCCGGUAACCCUGGACCCGCUGGUGUUGCCGGACCUUCUGGCAACUCCGGAGCUGAUGGAGCUCCUGGAGCUAAGGGACUUCCUGGUGCUGCUGGAGUUGUUGGAGCUCCCGGUUUCCCCGGACCCCGUGGACCUCCAGGACCUUCUGGUGCUGCUGGUGCCCCCGGACCCAAGGGUAACACUGGUGAGGCUGGUGCCCCUGGAUCCAAGGGAGAGCAUGGUGCCAAGGGAGACGCUGGUGCCCCAGGAGCUCAAGGACCUGCUGGACCUUCCGGUGAGGAGGGCAAGAGAGGAGCCAGAGGAGAGCCCGGUCCCGUUGGAGCCCGUGGAGUUCCUGGCGAGCGUGGUGGCACUGGCGGCCGUGGUUUCCCCGGUUCUGAUGGUGCUGCUGGACCCAGAGGUGCUACUGGUGAGCGUGGUGCUCCCGGUAUUGCUGGACCUAAAGGAUCUACUGGUGAGGCCGGUCGCACUGGCGAGCCUGGUUUGCCCGGAGCUAAGGGUAUGACCGGUAGCCCUGGCAGCCCUGGACCCGAUGGCAAGAUGGGAGCUACUGGUGCCCCUGGACAAGAUGGCCGCCCCGGACCCCCUGGCGCUGUUGGAGCUAGAGGCCAGCCCGGAGUCAUGGGAUUCCCCGGAGCCAAGGGAGCCGCUGGUGAUGCUGGAAAGCCUGGCGAGAGAGGAGUGAUGGGACCUACCGGCCCAGUUGGUGCCCCAGGAAAGGACGGUGAGCUUGGUGCUCAGGGACCUGCUGGACCUAACGGACCUGCUGGUGAGAGAGGAGAGGCAGGACCUGCUGGUCCUCCAGGAUUCCAGGGACUUCCCGGACCCCAAGGUGCCACUGGUGAGAGUGGCAAAUCCGGAGAGCAGGGUGUGCCCGGAGAGGCUGGACCCUCAGGACCUUCUGGUGCUAGAGGCGAUAGAGGUUUCCCCGGCGAGCGUGGUGCCCCUGGUGCCGUCGGACCCACCGGUUCCCGUGGAUCUCCCGGAUCUGCCGGAAACGAGGGUGCUAAGGGAGAUGCUGGAGCACCCGGUGCUCCCGGAGCUCAGGGCCCACCUGGACUGCAAGGAAUGCCUGGUGAGCGUGGUGCCGGUGGUCUUCCAGGACUGAGAGGAAAUAGAGGAGAGCAAGGAGCUAAGGGCGCUGAUGGUGCACCUGGCAAGGAUGGUCCUCGUGGAAUGGGUGGUGCUAUUGGACUUCCCGGCCCUGCUGGAGCUACCGGAGACAAGGGAGAGACUGGCCCCGCUGGACCUGUUGGACCUGCUGGAGCCCGUGGAGCCCCUGGUGAGCGCGGAGAGGCUGGAGCCCCUGGACCUGCCGGAUUUGCUGGACCUCCUGGUGCUGAUGGUCUUGCUGGUGCUAAGGGAGAGGCUGGUAACAAUGGUGCUAAGGGUGAUGCUGGUCCUCCUGGUCCUUCUGGACCUACUGGUGCCCCCGGACCCCAGGGUCCCGUUGGAAACUCUGGUCCCAAGGGAGCUCGUGGACCUGCUGGAGCUCCUGGUGCUACUGGCUUCCCUGGUGCUGCUGGCAGAAUUGGACCUCCUGGCCCCUCUGGUGUUGCUGGACCUCCUGGGGCUGCUGGACCCAGUGGAAAGGAAGGACCCAAAGGAAACCGUGGUGACACCGGAGCUGCUGGUCGCACUGGUGAGGUUGGAGCUGCUGGAGCCCCUGGACCUUCUGGUGAGAAGGGUAGCCCUGGUGCCGAUGGUGCUCCUGGUCCUGCUGGUAUUCCUGGACCUCAGGGACUCAGUGGACAGCGUGGUAUUGUCGGUCUGUCUGGAAUGAGGGGAGCGGUCGGUAUGACUGGACUGCCUGGACCUGCUGGUGAGCCCGGAAAGCAGGGACAUGCUGGCCCCGCUGGUGAGCGUGGACCUCCUGGACCCUCAGGACCCCCUGGACUGGCUGGACCCGCUGGCGAGACCGGACGUGAGGGUUCCCCUGGUAAUGAGGGAUCUGCUGGCCGUGAUGGAGCUGCUGGCCCCAAGGGAGACCGUGGAGAGUCUGGCCCCGCUGGAGCUCCUGGCGCCCCCGGACCCCCUGGUGCCCCUGGACCCGUCGGACCUGCUGGAAAGAAUGGCGACCGUGGAGACACCGGACCUGCUGGGGCUGCUGGGCCUGCUGGUCCUGCUGGACCUCGUGGCCCCGCUGGAGCCGUUGGACUUCGUGGAGACAAGGGAGAAAAUGGCGAGGCUGGCGAGAGAGGCAUGAAGGGACACAGAGGAUUCACUGGCAUGCAGGGAGCUCCUGGACCCGCCGGUCAUGCUGGAGAGGCCGGACCUGCUGGUGUUGCUGGACCCGCUGGACCCAGAGGACCCGCUGGAUCUGCUGGUUCUGCUGGUAAGGAUGGUAUGACUGGCCUUCCUGGUCCCUCCGGACCUCCUGGACCUCGUGGACGCAAUGGAGAGAUGGGACCUUCUGGUCCUCCCGGACCUCCCGGACCCCCCGGAGCACCAGGCGCCCCUGGCGGUGGAUUUGACCUCGGUUUCAUUGCCCAGCCCCAGGAGAAGAGUCACGAUCCCUUCCACUUGUACCGCGCUGAUGACGCUAACGUUGUCCGUGACCGCGACCUGGAGGUUGACAGCACUCUGAAGACCCUGAGCCAGCAGAUCGAGCAGAUCCGCAGCCCAGACGGCACCCGCAAGAACCCUGCUAGAACCUGCCGUGACCUCAAGAUGUGCCACCCAGACUGGAAGAGCGGAGAGUACUGGAUUGAUCCCGACCAGGGCUGCAACCAGGAUGCCAUCAAGGUCUUCUGCAACAUGGAGACUGGAGAGACCUGUGUCGCCCCAACUCAGCGUGAGGUCGCCAUGAAGAACUGGUACAUCAGCAAGAACAUCAAGGAGAAGAAGCACGUCUGGUUCGGAGAGGCCAUGAACGAGGGCUUCCAGUUCGAGUACGGAAGCGAGGGCUCUCUGCCCGAGGAUGUCAACAUCCAGAUGACCUUCCUGCGUCUCAUGUCAACUGAGGCUUCCCAGAACAUCACAUACAACUGCAAGAACAGCAUCUCCUACAUGGAUGCCGCCACUGGCAACCUGAAGAAGGCUCUGAUCCUCCAGGGCUCCAACGAGAUUGAGAUCAGAGCUGAGGGCAACAGCCGCUUCACCUACAGUGUCCUCGAGGAUGGUUGCACGUCACACACCGGUGCAUGGGGCAAGACUGUCAUUGAGUACAAGACAACGAAAACAUCUCGCCUGCCCAUCAUUGACAUCGCUCCUAUGGAUGUUGGUGCUCCAGACCAAGAGUUUGGCCUUGAAGUUGGACCUGUCUGUUUCUUGUAAAAAGAGAAAUCUGGACUUGAACAUGUUGUGGUGCGUGAGUGUGUGCGUUUUAUUUUUUUUCUAGCAACAAUCCCUCUUUAAAAAAAAAAGAAAAAGCCACCAAAUCAUUUUUUCUGAUCUGGCCCCCUUUUUUUUUUUUACUCCACAUCCUGCGAUACAAUACGACCAUUGUUCCGGUGCUCUACCAUGCCUAAAACCUGCACUUCAACAAAGAUGGCAGUGAUGCGGCAAUGCUCACAUUGUCGCGUUUGGGACCACUACUUUUUUUUUUUGUUUCUGACUCUUUUGUUUUUGUCUUGUUUUUACCAUCACCAACACCAAGGAUCCCAUAGAGAAGAUUUUCACUGGCAACAAGAAAAUAAUAUAUGCUCCUGUAAAGUGUCCAAAAAAAAUUGACUUCCCCCCCAUUCUUCAACGAAGCCAAUCCAGGCCUCUCUGGAGUUUACAGAAACACACAGGUGACUUUUGUAUUUUUAUACACCCGCCCUGCGGUGAGAGGAAUGAAAGGACAGUCCCGACAGACAGACAGAACCCGAUUGCUUUGUACCACAAUUCAGGUGUUGAUGAAUAAACGGUGAAACUGA